AUUUUUGUGAUUUAUGUCCAUAUUCCUAACUACAUUCUAUUUAUCUUCAAUACCACCAGUCAUAUAGAGGCCAAUAUUGACUAUCUAUCUAUUUGAAUACUGCCUGUAUCAAUUGUUUCCAAGGUCACAGUGAAGGGCAUAAAAUUAUUCACUUUCUAGAAUAAACGAAAUGGCCAUUCUCGCCUGAAACGUUUACAGUCAACAUGUCAACAAACACGUCAGAAGCAGCACUCAUCUAUGAAGAGCCACCUAUUGGUACAAUUCUCAAUCAGGCAGGCCUCCUCCUAGCGCUGAACGUUGUCAACGUCUGUCUCGACAAACUUUUAUACUGUGGGCUUAUCGGUCAGCUGUUCAUUGGGAUCCUUUGGGGAUCCCCAGGAGCAAAAUGGAUUAGUAGCGAUUUAGAAAGAAUUAUUCAGCAGCUGGGAUAUCUUGGUCUAAUCAUGCUUGUUUACGAAGGCGGCUUGUCAAUGUCGAUCAAAGCCCUGAAAGCUAACAUCCUUGUGUCCAUUGCUGUUGCAUUAACUGGUAUAUUGACUCCAAUUGCUCUCUCGUUUGUAUUGAAAGAGCUCGUGUCGGCAAGUUCCCUGCAGGCCUUUGCUGCCGGUGCAGCCCUCAGCGCUACUAGUCUCGGAACCACAUUCACUAUUUUGUCCAGCACCAAUCUGAUCUCUACCAGACUUGGCACGGUGACCAGUUGUGCUGCAAUGCUUGACGAUGUCGUGGGCUUAGUAAUGGUUCAAGUCAUCGCGAACCUGGGUGGAAGUGACACUUCGUUUGAUCCUAUCACAAUCAUUCGGCCUGUUUUUGUCUCUAUCGGUUUUGCUAUUGGCAUAUUUAUUCUCUGCACCUUCUGCUUCAGGCCUAUUCUAAAAAUUCUUCUGCAGAAUGGAAACAGAAUGCCUAAAUCCAUGCUGAUUGCUCAGUUUGCUUUCUUGGCUCAUACAGCUAUACUCGUGGGAAUGGUGGCGGGGGCCACCUAUGCCGGCACAUCAAGCCUGUUUGCUGCUUACCUCAGCGGAGUCAUUGUAAAAUGGUUUGACGAGCUUUCUUCUGAGCUGAGAGCACAACGCAUGAGUGCAAGAUCUGCACCGCAUUCUACCACUAAUAAAGGAGGUCGUGCUGCUCCCCAAGAACAGAACUUUGAAGGCAGCGCUCGAGCUACUGACGAUACUCGAACAAGCACAUCCUCAACAUUUCAAGAAAAUGUGGACCAUUGUGAGGAGAAUCAAAUUCCAACCGGCGACAUGAUUUAUGAAAAGUACUACAAAAACCCAGUGGACUGUAUCCUAAUUCCAUUUUUCUUUCAUUCAGACCCAAAGAACGAAAUAAAAACUUCCACUACUGAAAGAAAGACUGAUAGGCGGAAGAGCAGGGAGGCUUCAAGGUUGGACCGGGCCAACACUGCAAGAUUGUUGAAUCAAUCUGCUCAAAAUAUGGGAUCACCGACUGACAAAGCAACAUCUUCAUUACCACACAGCGACCCUGCAUCUGGCAGUGAUACUCGUCUUUCGCUCCCUCCAAAACCGAAAUCCCUCUAUCCACCGUCUAUCCUCGGCCUAGCAAUGAUAGCGCGUGGAGAAAUUGGAUACCUGAUUGCGUCGCUUGCUCAAAGCCAGGGUAUAUUCUCUAAUGGUACACUGAAAGGAUCUUCAGAUAUUUACUUGGUCGUAAUAUGGGCUAUAUCACUCUGUACGUUGGUUGGCCCAGUUGCGGUUGGUACUCUCACCAAAAGAGUGAAGAAGCUACAACGCCUUAGAGUCGACUCUGGUGGCGAAGAUCCCUUAGGCGUUUGGGGUAUUUGAAAUGGUGAUCAUUGUCAAAUAGUUUGUUAGUAUAUUUAUUCCAUACUAGCACCAGAUGUCUAUGACCAUGCAGUUACAACAAAUAUAUCUCUAGCUAUGUUUAUAUACAUAGAAUCGACA